CAUCACUGUGCUAUCGCAAGAUACGAGGUCCCAUUCAGUGCCCUACGAACUCUCCCCAAGUAAAAAAUCGACAACAAUUCGACGUUCAUAAUCAAUAACCGGGUAACAAAGAGUGGUAAAAUAAACGAAACACAUCUGAUUGACCGUUAAAACGAAGCAGGAAGUCCCGGAAGAGACCAUGUCAUCUACGUCAAAUAAUUAUACGCCACCCCCGAGGGAUACCGCUGCGAUGAAGGAUACGGGGAGAGAAGGUCGCCUUUCUUUUCGGAAUUUUGCCGAGAACCAAUUAAAGAAAGAGUUCAAGGCCGAAGCUAUGAAAAAAUGCGAUUUGCAGAUCGGUGCCCUKGCCGAAUGCAUCAAGGACGAAGGCCUGUUUGCGCCCUUCAAUUGCCGGCCAAUACAAAAGGAUGUAGACGAGUGCAUGAUGGUAUACAACUCCGCCGAGCGUUUUAAGUUAUACGUGAAAGAGCACGAGGACGAACUACAGAGCAAGCCGUUCGUAUAGCUGCUAGGCCAUUGUCGCACCAACAAAGUUCCGGGUACACAUACCUCGGACAAUCACAAUCUACUUUCGCCAAUUCGAGAACUAGAUCUUUCCGGAAGUGACGAAUCAGCUUCUCCCUUUAAUUAUUUAUUGUGCUUUUAMGUAUUAUUGCAAUGCAUCCGUAGGCUACAAAAAGCUCUUCAAUUAUCGAAGAASAGGAAAAUAUACUUCUGAAAGAACC